UCCUGCUGUCAAGGAUGUAGACUGUGUGUGUUUGAAUGAUGUCGAUAUGACCGCCAGCCUGUUCCUCACUCAACAUGCCUCCAGCUAUGUACCUCACUGUGCUGGUGUCUCUGUGUGCAGUGACAGUCUGUAAAGGCACCACCACUUCCUCUGCACCCGAAAAGGUAGCAGAGAAAACCACAAGUGCUGCACACCACACCACGAAAAAUGAUUUAUUCAGUGAGACAACCAAAGACAACACACCGCAGUCUCCAACAACAACACACCAGAUUACCACUGCAAUCACUUCAGAAACAGUGUCGUCAUCAACCCCGCCCUCAACUUCCGCAAAAACGCCCAACGGGACGGAGGAAACACAUGCCAGUGUCACGCCUCCUCAGGCUACAACAUCCAACGAGACAGUUUCCAACGGAUCGACACUCCCACCAGCAUCAGAGUCCCCAAAUGGCACUGCAACCACCACUAUAAACACAACAAGCCCAGGUCUUACACACAAGUGGGACAAAGGUGACUUGGCACUACAUCCCGGCCUCGUGGCCGUCCUUUGCAUCUUUUGUAUUGUCAUUCUCCUUGUGGCAGUGGUUGCCACGGUGAAAUGUUUUCAAUCACCGAGGUCCAACUUCGAGAGGCUUGAAGACGUGCCGAUGGGAAAAGUGAACGAGGAGUCUCCGUUCGCCCAGUACUCAAAAUGAUAGAGGAGACUUCAUCAGACACUGAAGGCCAGGAGGAGUCCAGUCUGCUGAUGAUUCUGGACAGA